AUGAGAGGCAAAAGCACAGUCUCCCAGAGGAUAGUGAAGAUGGGACAGAGGCAGGCGCGCUACCAAGAAGCUCCUCAGGUGAAUUUCGGCUCUCCCAGGACCUCCUUGUGCCCUCACUAUUUGGAGCAGCCGGGACCUAGGCUCUGCUGCCAUUACCAGCACUACCCCCAGGUUUAUCCGGAGAGGGUCCUGAGCUAUUCUCCCCCUUACUCCCCCAGCCUGUUCAAGAGGCCCCCAGAGCGCCGGUGA